AUGCGCAGACUAACUGCAAGAACGACAAACCCCCUUUUCUCAACAAAUUACCUUCAGCUGGCAAACAAGUCGGACAGCCUCAAAUCCAACAGUCUUAAUGUGGUAAGCCCUCUACCGGAGUACGUGGCCGACAUCACCAGUUCUGCACGCUAUGACCUCUUGCAGGACUCUCCGCCAGAUCUUACUAGGGGACCCCUUUCGUGCUCAAUCCGGCCUCCUAACGACUCCGACGGAGUAAUUAUGGAGCGGAAAUGUAGUGGCAAACUGCCUGAUGAGAUCUUUUUGAAAAACAAGAGGAAACUGGAGUCAGAAGCAACAGGAUUUUUAUGA